GGCUAGGGCUAGCGCCACACACACACACACACGCACACACGGAGACGUGCGCGCACACCCACUUGUGCAGAGACACGCACACGCAGACACGUGCGCACAGAGACGCACACAGACACACGUGUGCACACAGGCAAACAGGCACGCGCAGAGACGCACACACAGACACGCGUGUGCACCACAGGCAAACAGACACGUGCAGAGACGCACACACAGGCACACGUGCGCACACACAGAGAUGCAAACACAGACACACGCGUGCACACAGUGACGCGCGCACAGAGAGACACACGCGCGCACACACACGUCUCCCCCGCGCCAGCUCCGGCUCUAGCAGCCUUGGGGUCCCCGCCCAGACCCGGGCUCCUGGCUCCCUCAACGACUGCAUCUCGCGGGGCGAUCCCGGUCGGGUUCCGCCUGAGCCAAGGCCCCGCACCCAAACCGCGACAGCGGAUCCAGUAGCCCGAGGCCCGCAGCUGGGCGAAGGAACCGGGACUCAAGAGUAGCCUCCGGCACCAAGCCCUCCAAGAAAAGCAGCCCGGGACCCCGACAACUGUGGACGGAGCCAGGGUGGGUCAUAGCUCGAGGCAUCGUCAACGGAGGGUCCUUAAGAGACCCUGAACCCAUUCACCCGGGCACCAGAGACUCUGCCAAAGCACCAAUUCGGGCAGGUGGUAGCCUCGAAGCUGGGAGGCUGCAUCUCAAGCCUCCUCCUAGAUGCGCGGUGGACCCUGGGAAAUGUAGUCCAGAGCAAGCCACCACCUAAAUGCGCCGUGGACCCUGGGAAAGGUGGUCCCUCGCAAGUCACCGCCUGGACGCAGUCUUUCCUGGAGAUGGAUCAACGUGCCUCCCAAGUCCUGGUGCCUCUCUAUCUGUGCAUCAUCUUCUCAGGCUUCUUCUAAAAUGGAGUACAAAGAACCAUAGCACAAAGGAGUUAAAUUCAUGAAGUGCCCAGAACCAUGGCUGCCAUAUGGACUCUGCACUUGUCCAAGAGAAGAAUCCAGAGAAAUCAGAGCAGGUCAAAUAGUUCUAAAAGCCAUGGCCCAGGGACUGGUGACAUUCAGGGACGUGGCCAUAGAGUUCUCUCUGGAAGAAUGGAAGUGCCUGGAACCUGCUCAGAGGGACUUGUACAGGGAGGUGACUCUGGAGAACUUUGGUCACUUGGCCUCACUAGGACUCUCCAUUUCUAAGCCUGAUGUCGUCUCCUUAUUGGAGCAAGGGAAAGAGCCCUGGAUGAUUGCAAAUGAUGUGACAGGACCAUGGUGCCCAGACUUGGAGUCCAGGUGUGAGAAAUUUCUACAAAAAGACAUUUUUGAAAUCGGGGCAUUCAACUGGGAGAUAAUGGAAAGCCUUAAAUGCAGUGACCUGGAGGGCUCCGAUUUUAGAGCUGACUGGGAAUGCGAAGGCCAGUUUGAGAGACAAGUCAAUGAAGAGUGCUAUUUUAAGCAAGUGAACGUCACCUAUGGACAUAUGCCCGUGUUCCAGCAUCACACGUCUCACACUGUACGUCAGAGCAGGGAGACUGGUGAGAAACUGAUGGAAUGUCAUGAAUGUGGGAAAGCAUUUAGCCGUGGCUCACACCUUAUUCAACAUCAGAAAACUCACACUGGUGAAAAACCCUUCGGAUGUAAGGAAUGUGGGAAGGCCUUCAGCCGUGCCUCACACCUUGUUCAGCAUCAGAGAAUUCACACGGGUGAGAAACCUUAUGACUGUAAGGACUGUGGGAAGGCCUUUGGUCGUACAUCAGAACUUAUUCUACAUCAGAGACUUCAUACUGGUGUCAAACCUUAUGAAUGUAAAGAAUGUGGGAAGACCUUUAGGCAGCAUUCACAGCUGAUUCUGCAUCAAAGAACUCACACAGGCGAGAAACCCUACGUAUGUAAAGACUGUGGCAAGGCUUUCAUUCGUGGCUCCCAACUCACUGUGCAUCGGAGAAUCCACACGGGGGCCAGACCCUAUGAGUGUAAAGAAUGCGGGAAAGCCUUUAGACAGCACUCACAGCUGACUGUACACCAGCGAAUCCACACUGGUGAGAAACCCUACGAGUGUAAGGAAUGCGGAAAGGGCUUUAUUCACAGCUCAGAAGUUACUCGACAUCAAAGAAUUCAUUCUGGGGAGAAACCCUAUGAGUGUAAGGAAUGUGGGAAGGCCUUCAGACAGCACGCACAGCUCACACGACAUCAGAGAGUCCAUACUGGCGACAGACCCUAUGAAUGUAAGGACUGCGGGAAGGCAUUUAGUCGUAGCUCAUACCUCAUUCAACAUCAAAGAAUUCAUACAGGUGACAAACCCUACGAAUGUAAGGAAUGUGGGAAGGCCUUUAUUCGUGUUUCACAACUGACUCAUCAUCAGCGAAUUCACACUUGUGAGAAACCCUAUGAAUGCAGGGAGUGUGGAAUGGCCUUUAUUCGUAGUUCACAACUUACCGAACAUCAGAGAAUUCAUCCUGGUAUCAAACCUUACGAAUGUAGAGAGUGUGGGCAGGCAUUUAUUCUUGGCUCACAACUCAUUGAACACUACAGAAUUCAUACUGGUUAGAAAGCCUUGAGUGUAAGGGAUAAAGAUAAGCCUUUAUGUGGAGUUCACAUCUGGCUCAGUACUAGGUAAUUUUUAAUGUAGUGUAAUUAAUGUCAGAAAACACCUGUCACUUUCAUCAUAGAACAUCAGAAAACCCACACCCAAAGAAAAUUAAAUAAAUGUGGGAAUUCUUUUUGCCUCA